AUGUCCCCCCUCCCCCCUCUGCAGCCUCCCUCAUUCUACGAUGCCCCUCCUCCCCAACCUCCUCACCCGAACCCAGACGACGUCGACGACUACGACGACGAACCAGGCGAGCCGCGACGCACCGGCCAGGACCUCCACGUCACCGACGAUGACCUGCUCGAGGCCCAGGAGCUGGCCGACAAGCUGACGCUCGACGAGGUCCGCGACAUCAUGGACCGCGUCUACCGGGUCCACGAGCACGACCCCAACUUCCCCCUCAGCGUUCUGCAGAAGAUCCGGGCCUUCCUCGACAACGAGCACCUCUUCGUCCCCCAGGACGACGUCGACGAGGAAAAGUACAGGCUUGCCGAGCACGAGCACCUGAUCCGCCAGAUGAAGCUCGAGGCCGCCCUCAUCACCGCCAACAGCCCCUACGCCGAGGUGCGCGCCGUGGUCGACAACCGCGACGACAUGUCGGCCCCCUGCUCCACCAUCCGCAGCUGGGCCAUCGGCCUCGUCUUCUCGCUGCUGCUGGCCUUCGUCAACCAGCUCUUCGACAUCCGCCAGCCCACCAUCCGCGUCAUGGCCAACGUCGCCCAGCUGCUGGCCUACCCGAUGGGCAAGGCCUGCGAGACCUGGCUGCCCGACCGCGGCUUCACCCUGUUCGGCGUCCGCCACUCGCUCAACCCGGGGCCCUUCCACAAGAAGGAGCACAUGCUCAUCACCAUCAUGGCCAACGUCGCCUACAACACGCCCUACACCAACUACAUCAUCUGGGUCCAGUACCUGCCCCAGUACUUCAACCAGCCCUACGCCGCCCACGCUGCCUACCAGAUCCUCAUCGCCCUGAGCACCAACUUCAUCGGAUACGGCAUCGCCGGCAUCUGCCGCCGCUUCAUCGUCUACCCCUCGUACUGCGUCUGGCCCGCCUCGCUCGUCACCAUCGCCCUCAACUCGGCCUUCCACAUGGGCGGCGCCAACACGCCCGUCCGGGGGCCGCUGGGUACCGUGUGGCGCGUCUCGCGCAUCAGGUUCUUCUACCUCAUGUUCGGCGCCAUGUUCGUCUACUUCUGGUUCCCGGGCUACGCCUGGAUCGGCCUGUCCAAGUUCAGCUGGCUCAGCUGGAUCGCCCCGGACAACCUCAACCUCAACACCGUCGUCGGCGUCAACAACGGCCUGGGCAUCAACCCGUUCCCGACCCUGGACUGGAACACGCUCCUGUGGGACUCGUCGGACCCGCUCAUGGUGCCCUUCUUCAGCACCAUCAACCGCUUCCUCGGCGCCUUCGCCUCCAUGUGGGUGGUGCUGGCGCUGUGGUACGGCAACGCGUACAACACGGGCUACCUGCCCAUCAACUCGAACCGCGUCUACGACCACUUCGGCCAGCUGUACAACAUCUCGCGCGCCACCGACGACCGCGGCCUGUUCGACGCCGCCAAGUACGAGUCGUACUCGCCCCCCUUCCUGGGCGCCGGCAACGUCGUCAUCUACAUGUUCUUCUUCGGCGUGUACACGUCGACGCUGACGUACGCCGCCCUGUACCACCGCCGCGAGAUGGUGACGGGCUUCAAGGGCCUGAUCAACAGCUUCGGCCGCAAGAAGUUCUUCAAGGAGGAGAGCCAGGUGCUCGACGUGCACCACCGCCUGAUGAAGAAGUACGCCGAGGUUCCCGAGUGGUGGUACGCCGCCUGCCUGCUGGCCGCCCUGGGCCUGGGCGUGGCCGGCAUCAAGGGCUGGGACACGCACACGUCGCCCGGCGUCGUCUUCUACGGCCUGGCCCUGUGCCUGGUCUUCGUGAUACCGGUGGGGAUCAUCAAGGCCAUGACGGGCAUAGAGGUGACGCUCAACGUGCUGGCCGAGUUCGUCGGCGGCUCCUUCGUCGAGGGCAACGCCCUGGCCAUGAACUACUUCAAGUCUUUCGGCUACGUCACCUGCGCCCACGCCGUGUGGUUCUCCAACGACCUCAAGCUGGCGCACUACGUCAAGAUCCCGCCCCGGCAGACAUUCAUGGCCCAGAUGGUGGCCACCUUCGUGAGCACCCUGGUCUGCGUCGGCGUCCUGAACUUCCAGAUGCGCCACAUCGAGGGCGUGUGCACCCCCGACGCCCAGUUCCGCCUCACCUGCCCGGGCGUCAACACCUUCUUCACCGCCUCGGUGCUCUGGGGUACCGUGGGCCCGACCAAGAUCUGGGGCAAGGACGGCCAGUACACCGAGACCUUGAUCGGCUUCCCCCUCGGCAUCCUCAUCGUCGUCUUCUUCUGGGGCCUGGCCAAGAAGUUCCCCAAGUGGACCUGGCUCCGCCAGAUCCACCCCGUCGCCAUCAUGUACGGCGGCAUCGUGUGGGCCCCCUACAACAUGUCGUAUGUGUGGCCUGCCGUGCCUAUCGCUUACUUUUCUUGGGUGUACCUCAAGAGUCGAUACUUGCCAUUCUGGUCCAAGUACAACUUUGUCCUAUCUGCAGCGUGGUCAUGCGGCAUAGCCAUCGCCGGCAUCAUCAUCUUCUUCACCCUCCAGUGGACAGAGACGGAAUUCAACUGGUGGGGCAACGACGUCCCCUACGAGGGCUGCGAAGGCGACGCCUGUACCAUCAAGAAGCUUGGUGAGGGCGAAUUUUUCGGUCCACCAUUCGGAGAGUUUUGA